AUGGGCUACGAGCCUGCUGCCUGGACUGCCGGCCUCCUCUGCCCCGAAACCAUGUCCAUAGGUCUCCUGUGGCUGGGCUUCACCCUCCUGGGGGCCCUGCACACCCAGGCCCGGAGUUCCAGCCCCAGGCUGCUGCGGGCCCCACCUCUGUCCAGGAUCCCGCUGCAGCCCAACUUCCAGGCCGACCAGUUCCAGGGGAAGUGGUACGCCGUAGGCGUGGCAGGGAAUGCAAUUAAGAAGGAAGAGCAAGACCAGUUUAAGAUGUACACCUCCAACUACGAGCUGAAGGAAGACGGCAGCUACAACGUCACCUCCAUCCUGUUAAGGGACGAGCGCUGUGACUAUUGGAUCAGAACUUUUGUCCCAAGCUCCCGGCCCGGCCAGUUCACCCUGGGCAAUAUUAGAAGCUUCCCCGGGAUAAGGAGCUACACCGUGAGGGUGGUGAAUACCGACUACAACCAGUUUGCCAUAGUGUACUUCAAGAAGGUUCAAAGGAAACAGGGGUACUUCAAGAUCACCCUUUACGGGAGGACCAAGGAGCUGACCCCUGAAGUGAGGGAAAACUUCAUCAACUUCGCCAAGUCCCUGGGCCUCACCGAUGACCACAUCAUCUUCCCUGUCCCGAUUGACCGGUGCAUCGAUGCCCAGUGAGCCUGCAGUGCCUCCGGUCUCUCUUUGCUCCCACCCCCCUCACACCAGCCUUUGCCCGGCACAGCAGCCAGUUAAGCCCCCCACCAGCCUGGACACCAGUAACAGGAGAGAGCCCAGAG